AUGACGACCCGCGAUGCCAUAAUCGACGCCUUCUACCGCUGCGUCAACGCCUACGACUACGCGGACGACACCCUCUUCGAAUCCAGCCUCACCCCCAACCUAACCAUCACCAUGCUCGGCCAAACCAUGCACGGCCGGGACGAGAUCCGCAAACACAACUACGACUUCGUCAAGACGCUGGAUACAACGCACUUCCUCUCCAACAUUCGAGUUCAGAUCAAGGAGGGCGAGAAGGAGGCGGAAGUGACGUGUAACGCGGUUGCGUAUCAUUAUCGGCCUGGGACGGGAUCGCUGCCGGAUGCGAAGACGUUGGUUAGUGGGGCGCUGUAUGAUUGUUUGGUUGUGUGGGAUGAAGGGGAGGGGUUGUGGAAGAUUCGGGAGUGGGAGUUUAAGUUGAUGUGGCGGGAGGGGGAUGGGUCGGUUAUGCAGCCGUCGGAGGUUGGAGCUAGCGGCGAUCAUCACAAGCCCAUGUUUACACGUACCAAAACUAACCCCCAUACCAAAGACAUUUACAAGAUAGUCCAGAACAACGAACAAAACAUGAGCAUCUUCGACACCGACACCGCCGGCCUCCCCGACAGCCACCGCGCCACCGACUCCGCCCACCGCAAAAUCGAACUCCAACAACCCGCCGACCUAACCUACCUGAUCGCGAACCUCUCACGCUCUGCCCGCGAAAAGCUAGACAAGCAUUUCCCUCCCUCCGCCUCACAGCAAGGGGUCUCAGGCGAGGACGCGAUGCGCAAACGCGUCGAGGAUCUAGUAAGCAACUACAUAACCAACACCUUCGCCCUCGCGAAACCGAACCUCAGCAUCAACGGCCUGAGUUCCACGGAAAUGGAGACGGAACUCGCGCGCGCUGGAGGGGAGGGAGGGGAGGAAGAGGAAUUAGCGCCGUUCGACUCGAAGCUGGCGCAGAGGUUACAGGCUUUAGCCGCGCAGAUCGAAGCUCAGACUCUACAGUUGGCGAAUCUGAGACGAACGGCGCCGGGUGAGACGGCGAGGAAGUGGGAGGAAGGGUUUGUGGGAAGAGGGAGGGAGUGGGAGGAACGGUUUGCGGUGGAAGGAAGGGGGAGGAUGGAGUUGGCGAGGGGCGUGGAUGUUGGUGUCAGUGAGGUUAAGAGGCAAGAGGAAGUGGAGCGGAGUUGGAGGGAUGGGGAGGAGAGGUUGGGGGUGUUGAAGACGGGGAUGGGGAGUACGGUUGCGCGAUUGGAGAAGGCGAAGAUGGCUGUCGAGGUGGCGGAGGAGAAAUGA